GCAGGGGAGAGCAAACACCCUGCCUGUGCUUCAGUAUACUGAACAUGGAGGAAAGCAGCGCAGACACAGACAUCGAGACCCUGAUCGAUGAGAUGGACUACAUUCCCGGACACUUCCACCUGGAGCUCAACCUGAACUGCGAGUCGCUCACCCCGGCCAAGCUCAGGAGGAGAGACAUGGUGCUGAAGAGGGACAGCCUGCAGUCCGAGCUCGAGUCGGAGACCGGUUCUCAGCAGUUCGCAGUGAGGAACCUGUUGGGGCUCUUUGCCUUCCACCUGGAAGAGCUGAGCCUGGCCGAGGAGACGUUCCUGAACAUCUGCAAGGAGGACCCCAGGAACCUCAACGCCUGGGCCAACCUGGGCUACGUGUACGACCGGCUGAAGAAAGAGCCGGAGGGGACGGAGAGUGUGGAGAAGGUGUUUGGUCUGAUGGGGAUGGGGGCUGGGGAGGCCGGCGAGGUUGAACCCAGGCUUCAGGCAGCCCGCUGUCUGGCAGAGCAGGCCUACGCCCAUGCUUAUGAUGUGGGUCUGAAUACCGAGCAGGAGCAUCUGGAAAAACUGAUCACAGCCGUUAAACUGUACGACAAGGCCAUCGCUUAUGGGGGCCAGGAGAUCCCCUUGGAAGAGAAAAGAAGCUGGUAUUUCAUAAUGGCAACAAUGCAUAUAAGACUGGACGGAAUGCUGAAGGACCAGGAGGAUUCUGAACACAAGAGAAUGACCUCCUUCAGCAGGACAGUGAAGCUGCUGCACGAAGCCAUGAAAUCCAGCAACCCGCAUUACAAAGCCCUUGCCUGGUGCUAUAUUGGGUUGAUGUUGGAACGCCAGGACACCUUCCCUGUGGUUCCGAUGGGGAUCCAUGACUGUGGGUACUCUGGCACAGACCCCCUGGAAUGCUACUGUAAGGCCAUUGAGACAGCUAAAGAAUCCCCUUUCAUACUGAACCGGCUGGCCAAGGUGUUCCUGUUCCUGGGGAAGGUGGACAUGGCCACUGGGAUGUGUAACAUGGCCCUGGAUAUCCUGCCUGACCCUGAGCUCAACUGGCAGGCGUACUGCACUCGGGCCAAGAACUCUAUCUCAUUUUAUCAUAAGGUCUACAUCACAACGUACGUGAAGGACCUGGAGCAAGCCAAGCUGGGCCUCGCCGGGGUUCCAGACAGAGAGAACCUGAGCAAGGCAAAGACAGACCUGGAGCACAUCCUGCAGGCCUGUCCCUGUCUGAAGACAUACAUGGACAUUGGACAGGUCUAUUACUACAUGGGUGUGGAUGCCAUGCAGGAGCGCCUCCUGGUGGAUGAGGCUGCUAUCAACACCGCUCUGGUUUCCUUUGCCAAGGCCUUGGAGCUGGAGCUGGGGGACACCUUACCGGAGCUGCAGCUGCUGAGGGGGAAGUGCCUGCUGCUGAAGGGGGAGGAGCAGAACGCAGCCGAGUGCUUCAAGAGAGCCAUGGAGCUUGAGGAGCCGGGCUCUGACCACGUAGAGGUAUUCCGCUGUCUCCUGGAGACCCUGCUCACCCUCUUCAUCCAGAGGAAACUGGACCCAGGGGCUGCCAUCACCGAGGUGGAGGAGUGCAUGCGGAGAGCGGAGGAGAGGCACCGGCCCGAGCUGGUGAAGCAGGAGCUGCAGCUGCUGUGCCGGACACACACUGCGGACAUCAGCGAGCUCUCCAGAGCCAUGAUCCGGGCCGGCAAGCUGGGGCUGGUGAGGAGGCUACUGGAGACCAUGCAGUCGGGACAAAAGAAACAGCUGGGGAGGUCCUACUCCUUAUAAUAGAUGCACAGGCAGGCAGGCAGGCAGGCAGGCAUACAGGCAGAUAGGCUGGCAGGCAGGCAUACAGGCAGAUAGGCUGGCAGGCAGGCAGACUGGCAGGCAAACAUGUAGAAAAGCAAAAAGAAAAGAAACUGUCAUUGUCAUGUUGAAUUGAAAGCUAUUUGUACUGUAAUUAAAAGUUAUUGCUAAGUACAAGGGAGACCACGCUUAUAGCCUGACUGGUCAAUCAAACACACUGACCUCUGUUAAAGAUGUAAAGAUCCGACAUUGGGAAUUGUAUCAGACAAACACAGCUGCUCUGGCUUAUUUACUGUUUCCUUGUUAUUAUUCCCCAGGUUAACGGGGCAGACUGCUUCAGCACAGCACAGCUGACACACACACACACCUUUACACUGUGAGCUUCUCUGCCAACUCACGGGGCUGUACAGUGAAUGGAAUAUUUGUAUAAAAUAAAUCUUGGAUGUUUUUUGUUUUUUUUUUAAAUACUGUGAAUACAAACCUGUGUGUGUUUAUGUCACCAUCUUUCGAUUAAAGAUUGUUUAAAAUGAAUGAACCAAUGAAACCCUCUUACAAAUGCUCUGUUUCUAGUUCUCUCUUAAACAAUAAAAUAAAAUAAUUAAAAAGUGAAUCUGGAGUUCUGGAGCUCUGGUUUCUAGUUCUCGGU